AACAAUAUUAUGGUACAGAAAAGGUUCUUCAAAAUAACCAUCCAGUACUAUAUAGUUUGGACUUUGGAGUAUAGAUGACGACGUAGCCUCAAUGCAAAACAAACAUGGAUGGGAGAAGCUCCGGAGAAGAGCAGUCCUUGAAUGAGGAGGCUAAAGCUCUUAUCACGAGAAACGAUGUGCAAGUAGUCGAUGUAGGCAAACUUAUCAACGCUAUGCAAGGCAAGCUGGGGAGAUCGCCGGAAUUACUCACAGAAUCGGCAGGCGGAAACAAAUGCUGCAUUUUCCGGGCACACAAGGCCUUCUUCAGCAAUUCGAAAAUCAGCGCCCAGUCGUAUCAGCCUCGCGCAGUCUCAAUCGGUCCAUACCACCACCGGAAGCCGCGUCUGAAGAUGAUGCAGGAGCACAAGUGGAGGUUCUUGAAGGGACUGAUAAAGAGGACAGAGAACACAGGUGUGGGUUUGGAGGAGUACGUCAAAGCUGUCAAAGGAUUGGAAGAAGAGGCCCGAAAAUGCUAUUCUGAGGCGCUAUCAAGCUCACAAGCGAUGAGUUUGUAGAGAUGUUGGUUCUUGAUGGCUGCUUUGUGGUCGAAAUGUUUCGGGUAUUCAACGGGGUGGUUUGGCUUGAGUACGGCGAUCCAUUUUAUUCAAUCGAAUGGAUAUAUUGUACUCUCCACCACGACUUUCUCUGCCUCGAGAACCAAAUACCAUACAUCGUGCUCCAGAGAUUGUUCACACUUACUGAACUAGACAGAGCUGGCUGGCUGCAUGGCCCGGCCAGUUCUCUGGCCAACAUGGCCCUCAGAUUCCUCAGAAACGACGACCCGGAAGUAAGUGACCGUGGCGGUUUUCGGGAGGAGCGAUGACAUUGAAGUCCUACAUCUACUUAAUUUACUCCGGCAAAGUUAUUGCCCAGUGGGCGGUUGCCUCCCGAAGCUGCUGGGCGGAACUGGAUCCGAGCAGCACCAGGGGACCGACCGCAAAGUAAGCAACAUCCAGUGCAUCUCGAAACUGCGCCGAGCGGGAAUCAAGCUGAAGUUGAACACAGAUGAGAGGAGGAGUUUCCUGGAGGUGGAAUUCAAGCGGGGAGUGAUCUGUAUGCCGCAGCUAAAGCUGGACGACAAUAUGUGCUCGUUCUUGCUGAAUUGCGUGGCGUACGAGCAGUGUCACAAGGGGACGACAGAGAAGUUCGUGACGGAGUACGCAGUUCUUCUGGACCGCCUCAUAGACACCCACAAGGACGUGGACAUUCUUUGUGAGGCCAAUGUGUUGGACCACUGUUUAGAGACGAAAAGUGAGGUGGCCGCCUUUGUGGGCAAGCUCGCCAUGGCGGCAGUGACCUGUGCCGAUGAUAGCUACCUGAGGGAUGUGUACGCUGGCGUGAAUAACCACUACAGAAACCAUUUGCACAUUUAUUUGGCCGAGGUCAAGCACAAAUACUUCGGCUCCCCUUGAUCCCUCAUCUCGCUCUUCGCUGCCAUCUUUCUCCUCUGCCUCACCGUCAUCCAGACCAUUUUCGCCGUUUGGGAUUUUCAAAUAAAACCGUAGACAAACUUCAAUUCAAUUCCCUCCAUCCGUUUCUUAGGGAGUGCUUCAACUUUAAAGAAGUGAUUUUUUAAAGUGAUUUUGGGAAAAGUGAUUAAUAGUAAAAGUUGGUAGUGUUUGAGGAAAAAGUGAUUCUGAAAAAGUAAAAGUUGGUAGUGUUUGGUAAAAGAAGUACUUUUUGUGUAAUAGAAAAAGUGAAAAGCAGUUUAAAGCACCCUUCC